AAUGUUCUCUGUUUUGUUGUGUUGCGUUGCGAAGUGAAGUGAAGAUGGUGUCAGGUUUGGGAAUCUGCGCAAAGUGGGUGGUGGUUGACUCACAGCGCCACAUGCUGGGUCGACUCGCGUCACCACAUGCUGGGUCGACUCGCGUCACCACAUGCUGGGUCGACUCGCGUCCAUUGUGGCGAAAUAACUUCUCAAAGGCCAAAAGGUAGUGGUGGUGCGGUGCGAAGAGAUCUGCAUCCCUGGCGUACAAGAUUCCUGCGUAAACGCAUGAACACCAAACCUUCUCAUGGCCCAAUCCGCUUCCGGGGCCCAAUCCGCUUCCGCGCCCCCGCUAAGAUCUUCUGGCGUAAGUUCGUGGAAUGAUACCGCACUCCUCCAUACAUAUGACUAAAGGAUGGUUGUUCCUGAUGCUCAAGAAUGUUUUUUAUCCUCUAACUCUUUGUAGGAUCAUAAUUGUUCUUUGUAGGAUAUUAGGAUUUUUUUUCUGGAUUUUUUUCCUAUGGAAUUAAUGAAAUUAGCACAUUGGAUGCAAGUGUGAAAAAUUUGUGGAAAAUUUGUUUAAACUUACUUUAUUAAAUAAAUUGAAAUAAAUUGAGUGAAUAAAUUGAGUGAAUGGUGUUGUUUAUACUAUGCACGUUGUAUGGAAAUUAGAAUCUUGUGUCUUCAUUGUGUACGGUAUUUUGUAUGAUAUUAAGUUUUUUUCUAUGGAAUUAAUGAGAUUAGAUGAAUAAUGUAUAAUUGGAUGCAAGUGUUUUUUUUCCAGUAACUCUUUGUAACAGGUCCAAUGUGCAAGCCAUCUGAAAAAAAAAACCAGUCUCAACAUUUUCUUCCUUCCACGUCAUCAACCCUAAUCCUCUCUUUCGUUUUCGUGUCUGCGCGCCCAUUUUCUUCCCUCCUGCACGCCGUCAUCGUCUUUAGCGGAUAGAGUAAGAGCUUUCUUCCCUCUCCGUCGGUCUCGUGUCUGCUCAUCGUCUUUAGCGGAUAGAUCUCAUUUGGCGCCGCCUAGCAAUUUCUUCCCUAUCUGUCAAUCUUCAUCAAUCAAUCAAUCAUGGAGGCGGGUGCUGCUGCGGGUGCUGUUGCGGGUGCUGUUGCGGGUGCUGCUGCGGGUGCCUCAGCGGGUGCUGCUGCUGGUGCCUCCGCGGGUGCUGCAGGUGCCUCUGCAGGUGCUGCCGCGGGUGCUGCCGCGGGUGCCUCCGCGGGUGCCUCUGCAGGUGCCUCUGCAGGUGCCUCUGCGGGUGCUUCCACUGCCACCACCGCGGGCACCACCGCGGGUGCUGCCGCAGGUGCUGCCGCAGGAGCUGCUGCAGGUGCCGCCGCAGGAGCUACUGCAGGUGCUGCCGCAGGAGCCGCUGUUGUUGGAGUUGCUGCGGGUGGAUCCGUCGGUGAGGACACCGUUGUUGGAGCCCCCGUCGGUGCGGACACCGUUGUUGGAGCCCCCGUCGGUGCGGACACCGUUGUUGGAGCCCCCGUUGUUGGAGUUGCCGAGGACGCCGAGGAUACUGUGGUCGCCACCGGCGUUCCUACUUUCAUUGGUGCCACCGGCGUUCCUACUUUCAUUGGUGCCACCGGCGUUCCUGGUUUGGAUGAUGAUGAUGCCAUGGAUUUUGCCCUUGGGAGUUUGGCUCGUGGUGGUCGUGGUGCUGGUCGUGGGGUAGUAGACCUGGAAGCGAAUCCCGUACGAGUAUCCCUACCAGCACUUUUAGUACAGGUAGGGAGAAUCUUUUUCCGGAGAUGUUUGAUGGCAUGCUUCCAAACGGCGGGGGUACUAAUUACUAGUGCACCUCUUACUCUCGUCGAGGUAGGGUACUACUUGAUGCUCAACCUUCGACUUGGCGAGCCAUGGUAAGUGCAGCCACAGUUGAUUAUCUUUAUUCCCUUAUACUCAUCCCCUUUAAUGAGUAUAUUGUAUUUCUUACAAGUUCAAAUAGAGAAAAAAUACAUUUGUUUUGUCUUGUGGUUGCAUCAUUGUUAGGAUAUACACUUGGGGCAAUAUUGGUCGGUAUGCCAGGUAUUUGGUUAUUAUGGAUGGGAGUGUAUAGUUUUAUGAGAAUAAUAUGUCUGACUAUUUAUGGCUCAAUAUUGGCAGUGAUAAUACUGAGGCUAGAGUGUUAUUUCUGGAACUCAGAGGACAUAGAUCUGGUGCAGCAAAUCAGGAGUGUUGUAAUUUUAUAUUUGUAUACUAUAGUAGCUAAUUUUGUGUAUAAUAGGUAUCUUUCAUAGACUUACUUUUCACUAGGAUUUUGACCAUCAAUACCGAAUUCAGCUGGUUUAUAUUAUUAUGAUUUCUUAUA